AUGGGUGUGUGGGAGACAGACGACGAGUAUCUCAGCGGCCCGGCUGCCACCUCUCUGCCGACGCCUCAUGAUACACCAUAUCGCACACCUUCACGAACAUCAAGAAAAUCCCGGCGUUCAGUCACGCCACCAGGAAAGGGAGUCUCACCUCCUCCUCUACCAAGCGACAUGGCAUCCAAACGCUCAUCUCGGGACGUCACCACAGACGAGACCAUCAGUAUCCUUGACCCUCGACGAUUCACUCCCACAUUGCAUGCCAAUCUAGUGUCUGAGAUAUUGGCUCUUCGAAGAGACCAGGAGGAAAAGUUCAAACAGAUCGAGAUUCUAGAGACGUCCCUUCAUGCUGCCAAAGAGGAGAGGGAGACGUUGAGACAAGAUCUUACCGAGACAGGAAAGGAAAGCAGAUCCCUCAAGCGCCAACUAUCGCUCCUUGAGGGCGGAACAUCAUCUGCCUUGGGUGAACUGGCCCGAGAGAGAGAUGACGCAGUUGAAUCAGUAUCUGAUACCAGGAAACGACUUGAGGCCGCGCAAAAGAAGAUCCGAAGCCAAGAGGAAGACUCGCAAAGGGUCCAUGAACUCUGGGCACAGGAGAAGGACGCCUGGGAAGAUGAGAGACGAAAAUUCGAGCGCCGAAUUCACGUUACCGAAAGCCGUUUGAAGACCAUUCUUGACGAGGUUGCGGCUUAUCAACAAGCUCAAAUGAACAAUGCGGCCAACGGCCAGGAGAGCGAAGUUGAGGAAAGCGGUCGAGAAAACGAUGCUGCAAGCGUGAGGACUAUGAGCAUGACCAACAGCGUCCGGUUUUCUAUCAUGAGCGGCCCUGGCAUGGCGAAGCUGAACGGCAACUCGCUUGCUGAUGAGCUUAACUUUGACGACGACGAAGAUGAGAUGAGCGAUCUGGAUGGUCGUGAGAGUGCCAUGUCGAAUCACGCAACGUCUUUUCAUGUGCGCAACUUCAGCCGCGAUAGCGUCCUGCACCGCAUACACGGUCGUAACCAGAGCUUGGAGAGCAUCAAACGACCGGGAAGUGUAGCACGUGGCAGACUCUUCAAGAACCAGGCAGUGCUUGAAGCUCUGGAAGGCGAAGAUGGCGAGGAUGAGGAGGAACAGCACCCUACGGCCCCCAAGGUUUCGUAUACCGACACGGGCAUCCAGUACUCGCCGCCUCCCUCACCCAAGCUCCCUCCCACGAAGCCCGCUACUCCAGAGCCUCCUGUUCGCGCUAAGUCACCAGAAGUUGAGUGCUCGCCACGGGCAGAUGGUGAAAUCGAGGCAAACCAACGCCGAAAGCGAGUCCACAUCAACCGUCCGCUCAGCAUUGAACCACCGACGCCUAGACGUCUCAUGGUCUCUGCCGCUGCCCAGACAAUGGAAGAGCCUUUGACACCUCCCAAGACGCCAAAGUCACCUACUCGCCCUCCUCCUCCACCACCACCCCCAGUAGUGGAACCGCCGGUCGAGAAGAAGCCUGUGAUGAUUACAUCGUCCACACAGACUGACGCACCGCCUGUUCGCGCGCCCUCACCUGUCCGCACUCCAUCUCCUCCACCCCUGGCAAUCCCUAGCAUUAGUGUUCACCCUCCCACCAGUCGUCCCAACACACCUCGUGAGCCACGACUGCCGCAAUACUGCAAGGACUUUGGCUGCCAAGUCAAUCUGUCUUCCCCAGUUUCGACGACUGAAGCUGGAGUUCAGACAGAAGGCAUCCAAACCGACAAGCGGCUGGCCCUCCUUCCAGCCCAUCUCCAACCCUCUGCCAUCUCUUCAAGACCUACAUCCCCGAACCCAAGCCCUGUCAAUGAAUCUGCCAAGAACUUUACACCUGUUCCGGGCAAUGUUCCACCACGAAACCCUCGCCGGCUGACAACCAAGCGAAGCCUGAGCGAUUUGCCCUCGUCUCCAAUCUCAGUUGCCGAUGAUGACACCCUCCAUGACGCUUAUCCUGGAAACAACGAUGAUGGUCCUUUGUCGAGCCAGCGGGCGCCUGUGCGGAGGCCUCAUCGCUUCAGCAGCUUGUUUGCUGGCUUUGAUGGUGGAAGCUCUGAUGAGGCAGAUGAGUUUGGAGAUGUCGAGCUGAGCGAUUCUGAGUAUCGGACAGCCUUGUCUGCACCUCGACCAAAGUCCAUCUCAAGCCGCCCUGGCAAACGCAGCUCAACAGGCACGACUGGAACCAAUGGAACAAUCCCAACAUCUCCUGAGCAAAUCACAAUGCGCCAGGGACCACGUAUGGCAGCAGAGCUUCAUCAUGCUUACCGUAACGCUGAUAAGGAUGGCAUGGGUCGAAUGUCUUCGAGCAAGUCUGGCAGAGCCUACGAGAAGGGACCUGCUGGCAUGUCAUCUAACCGAGCCAGUGUGAUGAGGAAGGCGGCCAUGAUCCAGAAUGGUAUCGCAAGUCAUCAAGGCCGUUCAAGGAGCCCUAGCCUGCCCGAAUCCAACAACCCACCUAACCCACCAUUCCCAAUCCCAACCCGAGCUAGCUCGCGGAAGCUUCCAUUCAGUGCGAGCGCCCCGAGUGACGGACAGAGAAGCCCAACCAGAGGAGAUACCUUCCAGCGCCGAGGCUCCGGUCGUGUGUACCGCGCGAGCAGCAUCAGAAAGGUUCGCUCAGCUGCUGCUUUACCACGCAACCAGAGACACCGUCGCCAAGGAAGUCGCUCUCCCCCUCCGUUGUCUCCUUCUACGGAGGCACCUGAGAGCCCCAGCCUUCCCCCUCUGCCACGGAACGAUAUCACAACUCCCCGUACCCGAGUCCGCCAUAGUGGACAGUUCAGGCAUCAACACAAGCUUUCAACUAACACGGACAACACUUUCAACACGUUUAAUACGUUCAACACGUCUAAUACUGCCAACACUGGUAGUACCGACCCACCACCAUUCAUGUCCAGCAGUGCUCAGAGCACUGGUGUAGUGGAUGCCAUUGCCCAGGCCAUGGUUGGUGAGUGGAUGUUCAAGUACGUCCGCAGAAGAAAGUCGUUUGGUGUGCCAGAAAGCAACGGCAAGGACGACACUGGCAACGACCGGCACAAGAGAUGGGUCUGGCUCGCACCAUAUGAAAGGGCCAUCCUCUGGAGCAGCAAGCAGCCGUCCUCGGGCAGUGCCUUGAUGGGCAAGACUGGCCGAAAACUGACGAUCCAAUCUGUGCUGGAUGUCAAGGACGACAACGCCGCGCCCAAGGGCAUGGCUCCUGUCUUUAACCGAUCAAUCCUCAUUCUCACGCCACAGAGAGCCCUGAAGUUUACAGCAGUAUCUGCCGAUCGACAUUAUAUCUGGUUGACGGCUCUGUCGUUCCUAGCGCAUUCAUCCCAGGCAGUGCCCGAGAUCAUUUCAGCGCCGCCGCCUAUCCAACAAGCACCACUGCCCGAGUUUGAAGAGCCCCGAUCCAAGAUGAAGCGCGGGGGUAUCAGAGACUCGAUCCGUCUCGCCAAGGGUCGCACGGCAGCUCCUAGGCCUGGACCGCCAAGCAUCCCUAGCAUCCCCAGUAUCCCGAGCGCGCCAUCUUCACAGAUGGGCGAUGUAACGAGCUUCCCAAUCGCAGAAUCCGUGGGUGGCUUCUCAAGCUCAGCAGGCGGCUUCUCGAGCAACCACUCGCGCGAUGAUUCGAGAGAUGCGGCGGAGCCUCCCUUUAUUCCACGCUUCCAUGACCGGAAUCAAGCUAUGGUUCAUGGACGUAAGCGAAGCAACACUGGCGGCCACGUACCGCCGCCGCUCUCCUUCCGGGGCUUCUCUGGACCUAUCGGCGGUCACUGGCACAGGCACUGGAACCGGAACCGGAACCGGAACUUGGGGGAUGACCAGGCCGGGUCGGGGCGCACCUCGGAGGCAUCAUCUCGGCCCAGCAACUUCUUCGAUGCUAUUGGAACUGUGCGGAUGGAGGCUUUCAUCAGCCCUCUAGCAUUCUCGCAAUUCAACGAUUAUCCGGAUGAGAAUGACGAGUUUCGUCACUCUCUCCGGAGGCGUAGCAAGGAACAAAGGCGACGACAAAGCCGGAGUCGACAUAGGGACAGCUAUCACUCUCGUGGCAACCGUGCAGGAUUUGACGACUAUUAUCAUGGAAGCAGAACCGCCGGCGAGGAGGACUACUUCCGUGACGAUCCUUUCAAGGGAUUCUAA